AUGGCGGCAUCACCCAGCGAAACCCGCGUCCAAGACUUUGGCGCUGCCGCCUCACCCACGGCUCCACAGUCACCAGCUUCCGACGACAGGACACCGGCCCACCUCUCCGUAGAUACUCAGCUUGAUGACCAGCGGCGGCGCGGACGCUCCGCAACCCAAACAACUGCCACCGCAGCUGCGCCCGAGGAACUGCUCUCGCCAGAUCGCUCCUCCAUCGACACCACCCUGCGCCGCCGCAUAACGCGGUCGCAUACUGUAAAGAAGUACGACGAGUACAAGUCGCCGACGCGACCGCACUGGGAAGAGCCUGGUGCUGAACCUGGUGUCGACACGCAGAAUGACACCGACGCGCUCAAGUACCAUCAGCUGCAUACGCUGUGUGGCAUCACCGUGGUAGACUUUUCCGACGAAAGAGUCGAGUGCCAUGAGCUGGACAACGACAGUCUAGAGGCCUUCCUCGAAGUGCCAAAGGAGGACUGGGUGGCGUGUCGAUGGAUCAAUGUCAAUGGCCUCAGUUGGGAUGUGAUCCGCAUGCUUGGAAACCACAAGCAGCUGCAUCGUCUGGCCAUUGAGGACCUGAUGAGCGACCGGGGCCGCACCAAAGUCGACUGGUAUUCGGACCAAGCAUUCUUACUCAUGACCUUGUCGAAGCUUGUCCGCACGCCUGUUGACGACUCGGACAGUAGCGAUUCAGAUUCGGACGACGAUGUAUACAGACACCCCCGUGCGCGUUCACGGUCCCGUCACCCACCGCAGAAGAAGAAGAAAAAGAAGGGUUUCUUUAAGACGAUGAAGAAUGCAUUGCGCCCGACCGUUAGCGAGAAGAAGCAAAAGAGGGACGAGGAGCAUACAAUGGAGAAGCAUGAGCACAACUACAAUCUCGACGGGAGCCACUUGUCAAAGAUCCCAACACCGCCCUCAACAGCGCACAUUAGGACUCUGCAGCGGUACCGAGGCGGUCCCAACGUCGACCGCAUCCUCUACUUGGAGCAGAACUCUGCACUCACCAUCAAGCACCUCACUGUUAGUGUCGAACAAGUUUGCAUCUUUCUACUUGCAGACAACAGCGUCAUCUCCUUCUUCGAGCACUCUGCCGAUGAAGUCGAAGACAUGAUCUUGAAGCGUCUCAACACGGAAGACACCAUCCUCCGCCGGAGCCAAGACAGCAGCAUGAUUGUGCAAGCCAUCAUCGACGCCAUCAUCGAUCUCGCCAUGCCAGUAGUAGCUGCCUACGAAGACGCCAUGGGCGAGCUCGAGCUCGACGUUCUCGACGACCCCGAAAUCGGCCACUCGCAACUCCUCUACCUCUUGACCUCGGAGCUGUCAAUUCUACGGAACACAAUCCAACCCAUCGUCUCUCUGAUCAACGCUCUGCGCGACCACAAAGCUGACCCCAUGGCCCAGAGCUGGAUCUCCCAGUCGAAUUCCAAUCUCUUAACCCGCAAAACCAUGUCUAGCAUCACCAUCUCCCCCCUUGCCCACACCUAUCUCGGCGACGUCGAAGACCACUGCAUAAUCAUAAUCGCCUCGUUGGAGCAAAUGAGACGUGCAGCCGACAACCUCAUAGACCUCAUCUUCAACAUGAUGGGUGCCUACCAAAACGAAUCCAUGAAGAUCCUGACCGCCGUCACCAUCUUCUUCCUCCCGCUCACUUUCCUGGUUGGAUACUUUGGCCAGAACUUUGAAAAGUUCGACGCUAUCAAGAAAUCAGACUCGUUCUUCUGGGUCAUCGCGGUCCCGGUUAUGGUCGCGACUAUGCUGGUGCUCAUGAGUAAUACGCUGGUGAGGAAGGCGCGUAGGUGGAUUGGCAAAUUUAAGCGGAGGGAGGCGAAGAGGCAGCAGAUGGCGAGUCGGAGGAGGGCGAAUGGGAUGGGGAUUAGUAAGGGGCUGGGCAUGGCGAUGAAUGGCGGGGUGGGGUUGAGUGUGGGGAAUACGAGGACGGUAAAGAGGAGGCAGACGUUGUAUUCGAAGGGGCAGAUUGGAUCGUUUUGA